AUGGGGCGGCCCUCCCCUCCAUUUUGGGCUAACUUCUUUUCUUCUCCUUCUCUUUCCUUCUCCUCUUUUUUCUGGCCCUACGGCUCUCCCUUCUCCAUGUUGGGCUUGGUAAGGAAGGGGCGCUAUAGAGGUGUGAGGCUGCUGCCUAGCGACAGCCCACCAUGUUCUUCAUUGGCCUCCCAGGAAGCAGGAAAAGGUCUGUGCAAGAACAGGCCCGAAUGCCUAACGGUUCUCUCCUUGUGGCAAAACAAUGGACAUUUUCAGACCACUGGGCGAGGAAAGCAUGGGGUAUGGGGGGAAGAGAAGAUUGUGUAUAAGAAGGAGGGAUGGUGA